AUGAGCGGCCUUCGCUUUCUUGACUUGAUCAAGCCCUUCACGCCCCUCCUCCCGGAGGUGGCAGCUCCUGAGACCAAGGUGCCCUUCAACCAGAAGUUGAUGUGGACUGGCUUGACCCUGCUCAUCUUCUUGGUCAUGAGCCAGAUGCCCUUGUACGGUAUCGUGUCUUCCGACACCUCAGACCCCUUGUACUGGCUCCGCAUGAUGUUGGCCAGUAACCGAGGAACUCUGAUGGAAUUGGGUAUUACCCCCAUCAUUUCCUCUGGCAUGGUCUUCCAGCUCUUGGCCGGUACCCACCUCAUUGAUGUAAACCUUGACCUCAAGACCGAUCGCGAGCUCUACCAGACCGCCCAGAAGCUGUUCGCUAUCAUCCUGUCCUUCGGCCAGGCCUGUGUCUACGUUCUGACUGGUCUCUACGGCCAGCCCAGCGAUCUCGGUGCCGGUAUCUGUGUUCUUCUGAUCGUUCAAUUGGUUGUCGCUGGUCUGGUGGUUAUUCUGCUGGACGAGUUGCUGCAAAAGGGCUACGGUCUGGGCAGCGGUAUCUCCCUCUUUAUUGCCACCAACAUCUGCGAGUCGAUUGUCUGGAAGGCCUUCUCUCCCACCACCAUUAACACUGGUCGUGGCCCCGAGUUCGAGGGUGCCAUCAUCGCUCUGUUCCACCUGCUCCUUACCUGGCCCGACAAGCAGCGUGCUCUGUACGAGGCCUUCUACCGUCAGAACCUGCCCAACGUUAUGAACCUACUGGCUACUCUCGUUGUCUUUGCAGCUGUCAUCUACCUCCAGGGCUUCCGUGUUGAGAUCCCCGUCAAGUCUGCCCGCCAACGUGGCAUGCGUGGAUCCUACCCUGUCCGCCUGUUCUACACCUCAAACAUGCCCAUUAUGCUCCAGUCUGCUUUGUCCUCCAACAUCUUCCUCAUCAGCCAAAUGCUGUACUCUCGAUUCUCUGACAACAUUCUUGUCAAGCUCCUCGGAGUCUGGGAGCCUCGCGAGGGUUCUGCUCAGUUGUUCGCCUCUUCCGGUAUUGCCUACUACAUGUCCCCUCCUCUGAACUUCAAGGAGGCUCUCCUUGACCCUAUCCACACCGCUGUGUACAUUGCCUUCAUGCUUGUUGCUUGCGCCCUCUUCUCCAAGACUUGGAUUGAGGUGUCCGGCUCCGCUCCUCGCGAUGUCGCCAAGCAACUCAAGGACCAGGGUCUCGUCAUGUCUGGUCACCGUGAGCAGAGCAUGUACAAGGAGCUCAAGCGUGUGAUUCCCACCGCUGCUGCCUUUGGUGGUGCCUGUAUUGGUGCUCUCUCCGUUGCCUCUGAUCUUCUCGGUGCUCUCGGCAGCGGAACUGGUAUCCUCCUCGCUGUAACCAUCAUCUAUGGCUACUUUGAAAUUGCUGCCCGCGAGGGCGACAUCGGCGCAGGCCUAAAGGGUCUCGUCCCGGGCAGCUAA